AGGAAAUCUCUCCACAUCCUAUCACUCAAACAAGCACCAUCACCAUCAUCGAAGAAUUGCAAGGAGAUCACUAGAGAUGGCCAGUGAACAGCAGGAAGAAUCAGCGUUUGAUUCACCUUCUGGGUUCGCAUUACGUAUCAAAUAUCAAAAGAGCGUGCUAUGCGUCCCAGUGGAUCCGACCACUACAUACGAUGAAUUGGCAAGACUAUCUUUGGAAUUAUUAGAAAGCACAGAUGCUGAACUACCCGAUGAAGCAGGUGUUGAAUCAUUCGAAGAUCUAAACGUAGAAGAUCUCGCGUUCUUUGAAGGCAAUUCUGUGGUCGGUGCAAAUGGAGCACCUUCAGAUGAUAUCAAGUUUGCCGAGCUGGACCGUAAAAAGAAACCCACAAUCAGUGCAAUGGGUUUGAAAGAUGGUGCAGAUUCAGUUUUGUAUAUCGGUUUCUUGAAUAAGGCAAAAAAGACCUACAUGCCACCAGAUGUCAGUAUUCCGUCGAUCAAUGAUGAGGACGUGGACGAUCAAACUUAACAAGCGGCUGAGUCGCACUUGAUUUGGGGUUGAAAAGGUCGACUAAAAUGAUGUAAACUAUACAAAC